AUGUUGCACCGGGAAAGGACCAGAGACUACUAUCGAGCCUACACUGCAGAUGCAGCACUGUUCGCUCGGACAUUGGCGUAUCGCGCCGAAGGUCAGCCCUUUUUCAAGCUUAUCGACCCUCCCCGUUUCAAUUUAGACAUCGACACAUUCAAGGAGUCCAUCGCACAUCCCUACCUCGCGGCCCGAAUACUAUGGCUAAAGCAACGUCAAGCUAAAGGCAAAGAACAGUAUCCAACCGAAGGGAAUUAUCGUGAGCUUACAUUGGAAUAUGAAAGCUUGCGCGAGGGCCUGAGCGAUCGGAUGCACAAAGAGUACCUCGAUGAACAAGGAAGUCAAAGCUCUACGUGUCUGGAGUGGUACCUUUUCACCGGUAUGGUUUCAUACUUGACCUGUUGUCGGUACAAGCAAGCAGGGUUCAUUGGUGAGUUGGAUGCAGUGCUGGAUGAGCGAAGCGUUGCUCUGAGCGAAACUUCAUCUUAUGACGGGAAUGACAACGAGGCCACAGAAGGCGAAAACGAUCGAAAUGCUGAUGAAGACAACGACAAUAUGGAGGACAUUGUACCAUCCGGCUCCCAAGAUAACGACUCCAACUCCGACACGAGGAGGGGGGUCUCACCUAGUAAACGACCACCAAUCUACCCAGCGGUAUCGGACUUCACCACGCCGUGUACCCAAGAGGCAAUGGCAGCGAGCGAUGUGGCCGAUCGCCGCUGCUAUGCCUGUUAUUACGACUACGGGUUGUCUUUCUCGCAUUCGAAUAAAACCGAGCCAGCUGUCCGUACUCCCUGCGGCCACGUUCACGGUACCAUCUGUCUUGAGGAUCAUCUGAAGACAGGCAAAGCCACUUGUCCCGUAUGUCGUGAGAGACUGUUCGGGUUUGACAAGCGCCUUGAUUUCCAUGAAAGCGGCAUGUAUGUUCGUCUGGUGCAGGCUAUAGAUGGGAUCGCCAAGCUAGAUCCGGCUAUCGAUCGCCAUCUGUUGGAGGGUCAGAAAGAGACACAUAACUUCGACUUUGCGAAACUUCUCAAAGACCUCUUCAACCUUUGUGCGCGUAUUAUUACUUGUCGGUCUGAACUGCGGAAAGCGAUUCCUGUUGAGAUCUCAAUCGAAGAGGUUUAA